AAAGUUAGGAAACAGGAUAUCUUUUGUGAGACCCUCCUCACUGAAUUGCCUACCAACAAAAUGUUGGAAUUGACACCUAAAGCACACUCACCAACUUUUGGUGUAUAAGUUUGUUGCCACCAUUGUCUUCCUUAUUAUUAUUGCUUCCACUUUCUUCUGUAGUAAGUAGUACAGUAGUAUUUAUUUAUUUGUUAUUCCCCACUUCAAAAGCCUUUUUCCCUAAUACAUACAUACACAAGAAAUGGCGACAAAGUUGUGGGCUUCAAGGGCUGCUUCAUAUCUCAGGAUCUCAACAUUUCCCAGAGCUUUUGCCACUGUGGCCAAAGAUUUAAAGUACGCAGAGUCUCAUGAAUGGGUCAAAGUUGAUGGCAAUUCUGCAACAAUUGGCAUCACUGACCAUGCUCAGGAUCAUUUAGGUGAUGUUGUCUAUGUUGAAUUACCUGAAGUUGGGGCUUCAGUGGAACAAUUUGGCAGUUUUGGUGCUGUUGAAAGUGUCAAGGCCACCAGUGAUAUCAAUUCUCCUCUUUCAGGGAAGGUGGUGGAAGUUAAUGAGAAGCUGGACUCCUCUCCUGCUCUGAUCAAUGGGAGCCCUUAUAAAGAAGGAUGGAUUAUAAAGGUGGAGAUGAACAACCCCGAUGAGGUCAAAUCGUUGAUGGACCCUGACCAGUAUACCAAGUUUUGUGAUGAGGAAGACGCGAAGCACUGAUUGGAAACCUCACAAAGUUGAGCAAGAACACACUUUUCUGCAGUAUUUUUUUCACAGUGCAUAAAGAGGCUUUAUUCCUAAGCCCCGGAAGCUGGACACCAAGUAGACUAGUAGUGCUAUUUGGUCUUUGUUACAACAUCUGUUUACCCCUGCAGUUCUGUUCUUUCUUUGCAAAUAAUGCAGUGAUUGAAUGUUAAUGUCAUCUAGGGUUGAAUUCAAGUUUUUCCCCCUCCUGGCAUUGCAUUCUUUUUCUAAUAUUUGGUGAUGAAUUGAUGUAUUGAGCUCAUUAUUAAUUAAUUCCUCUGUGGAACCUUCAA